GCGACGUUUCUAUUUUCGUAGGUCUGGCGCGCCUCGUUGGACCCAUGAGGCUCGGGCUAUCGUGUCGCUGGACUUACUGUGCUUACUCGCGCUCUCUCCGUAUCUCGAGCUGCACAGAGUGUGGCGCCAGAGGGUAUGAUGCCAUCCGCCCUCAUCUCCGGGGAUCCACGGGGGGUGGGCAAGGGCCUUAUCGUGCGGGCACGGGGGCGCGCUCUCUGCGCUCCCGCACGUCCCAAAGACGGCAGGCCACGCGCGGAGCACGUUGCGGUCGCGGAAGGCAGCCGGCAGAGGUCGCACGAUAGGCCUCGGGAUUACUGCAAUGGCCAGGACGCGGUGGGGUUCUCGGAUACGUCGUGCUGCCACCUACUGGAUCCGCUGCCAGCGCAGGAGAACGACCCGGGCCCAGAGCCCCUCGGCAAUGCCACGACGGCAGCCUAUUACCUCUUGUCCCUCCGCGUGCAAGGGGCUGAUGCAUCGACCAGCCUUGGGCCAUUCAUAACUCAUCAUCCACGCCAUCCGCGGAAGACAGCGAUCUCCAGCGCGCGCCUGGACCGUGGAACCCAUCGCGACACCCAUUAUAAGCCCUCCCGUCCGUCCACCGACGCUCCUCUGUGCCGUUGCGCUUGGAGUCUCCUCCUCCCUCUACUGUACAGCCGACCUUCGCGUCCUUAAACAAAACAAAACGAAGCCCAGCCCUUCGCCCCAAAUGCCCGCCUAUCUCUACAACACCUCUGGCUCGUCGGCCGCCUCUUCUUCGCGCUACAACGUCUACGUCCCCCCCGGCACCGUCUCCUCCUCCCGGUCCGCCAGCAGCCUCGUCAAGCGCAGCACGAGCUGCUCUGCCCCGGGCACCCCGGCCCCGUCGUGCUACGCCCUCUACCCGGCAAGUUACUCGAAGGAGAACUGCUCGAUCCGGGGGGUCGAACCCAGCCGGCGGUAUCACCGGUCGUCCAGUCGCAGGACUCGCGAGCCAGAGCAGAAUUACUACGUCUCGGCCGUUCAGUACAGCCCCUCGAGCGCGUCCGUCACGAGCGCGUCGUCCUCCCGCCAAAGUCGCUCGACGGACGCCAAGCCGCUCAAGUCGUCCUUCCGGAGAUCGCACUCGGCGGACAAGCACGUCCACUUUCCCGACCAGCGACCGGCCGCGCCCCAGCGUCCCGUGCUCAAGCAAAGCCACACAUGGCACGCCGGAGAUUUCCAAAGCACCCCUCGCGAUUAUGCCGUCCAUGUUCCGCUCGACCAUGCGUCUCAUCAUGCGCCAAAACCGCCCACGACGUCCUCGACCCCGCUCGUCGACAUGCACCCGCUCUUCACGUCCACGCGACUCCACAACGCCCCCAUCUCGUACGACAUCACCUACGCCCCCUCCGCCUCCUCCGUCCUCGACCGCAAGACGCACGCGCCCGUCGCCGGCGCGACCCUCGCCCAGCCCGCGACCGAGCCCGCCGUCCCGGUGACGUCCCGGCUCGUCCUCACCUCGCACAAGUUCCCCUGGGCCGUGGUCGUGAACCCGUCCAGCGCCGGCGGCCGGCACACCCACACCUCGCGCUCGACGCCCAUCACCAACCUCGACGUCCUCCACGCCGUGCACUCCACCCUCGCCAAGCGCGUCACCGCCGAGGAGUGGAACUCGCUCGGGGCGGACAGCAUGGUCCAGCGCAAGGUCCGGAAGGCGUACGAGAAGCGCUGCAAGAAGCUCGGCGGCGGCUGGGAGGGCGGCGUCCGCCGCAUCGACUGGCUCCACGGCAAGACCCGCCUCGCCGGCGUCGAGGUCGACAAGAACGCCGGCGCCGGCGCCUCCGGCGUCUGUCGCCUCGUCUUCGCGAGUCCCAAGGACUGAUGAACGAUCGCUCUCUCUCUCUGCUCUCUCGGGCGGGCAUACACACGCCAUGCACCUGUUUUUGUUUUCCCCUCGCUUUGUUGGCAUUUCCCCCUCUUGCAUCGGGUGUUCUCUCUCCUCGGCAGUACAUAAGCGUCGCUCCGCGUACUCUCGCGUCACCCGGAUGUGGGGCGCGUUCUGGCGGAGCCCGCAAAGGUUUGCGAUUUCGGACUGGGCUCGGGACUAUUUACUUGUGUACCAUAUGACGGCCCCCCACCUCACCCGCGAUGUUGUUGUUUUUUUCACGAUUCCAACGACUUACUACUACGAAUCGUUAUGGCUGUAGCCUGCUGUACUCUAGCAUCCGCCCUAUACGGCAGCAUUUUUGUAUAUAUAGUCACAUUAUGGAAACCAAAC